UUAACGCUCCGGCUCCGCGCGGCUAGCAGCGGCAGCGGCAGGAAGUGUCGAAGCGGCGGCAGCAGAGGGAAAGAGCCAAGAACCAAAAGUCGGUGCUUAGAAGAGGAGGAGGAAAAACAAAUAAUCAUGCCUAAUCCGUGAAAGCUGCAUUAUUUUGCAUCUUUUUCUGCCGUGCAUCGUCCACGCUGCGGGCGCAAGAGGCCGAUUGAGGGUGAAACCUCAUUGGCUGGUGUGACCCCUGCAGGCCCACCAUCUCCCAGGGUGGGCCUAGAUAGGCUGGACCUGCACCGAAGAAAACAGCCUCCAUGGCCCCUUCCAGCUGAAGAGCUAAGCCCCCUCCUCCACCGCACUAACAUCACUGUUCAUUACUUCGUUGUGAACAGUGAUGGCCCUCUAACCAGUUUGCUGUAGAGUACUAUGGCAAUGCAUGAUAUGAGUCGUGCCAAGGGUUUCCCCUGUAAAGAGUGUGAUAUGGUUUGUCCGAGUACUCCAAGUCUUCUAGAACAUAUGAAAGCACAUUAUCAGCAAGAAGAGACUGGACGUUUUGAGUGUGAACAGUGUGGUCGUAUUUACAAGCACGCAGCUAGCCUAGCGAAUCAUAAAAAAUCUCACGAAGUAGGAUCCUUCCAGUGUCCAGUUUGUACUCGUACCCUCCCUAACGCAGUAGCAUUGAAAAAUCAUCUUCGUAUCCAUACAUUGUCCCCUAGUAGUGCGCACGCAGAAGAAGAGAGCGAAGAAGUACCCGAAGAAGCAAGUCACGACGAGAGGGACUACAGCCUCGCCCAAGACCUCUCGGACGGGUUUGGUCGCUCUCAUUUGAACAAUAGUGGUAUGGGACAUAGUGUCCUACAAGGCCACGAGACAGACGACCACAGAAAAAAAGCCUCCCCUGAAUCUGACGACGCUUGGGACAGACCAUUCAAGUGUGAUCAGUGUGACAGAACCUAUCGGCACCACGGUAGCCUAGUGAACCACAAGAAGUGUCACCAGCAAGGAACUUUUAAGUGCUCUGUUUGUUUUAAACAAUAUAGCAACCUGGCUGCCCUAAAUAGCCACGAGAGAACUCACUCGAAGUUCAAGACUCCCGGAGCAUCCAUGGUGAGCAGCAGCAGUAGCAGCAGUCUCCAUAACUCGGAGCGCAGCAGUGGUGCCCAGUCAUCCCAGAGUGACGACACUGCGUCCUGUUUCUGUCACUUGUGCCAGAUAGCGCUGCCGAAUAAAGCAGACUUCCAGGAGCACAUCCUGCUGCACAACGCAGCCUCACCCUCCCUUGGACUGCCACGCAGUUUCCCUGGCAUCAUGCCUCACAAUCUGAGUGCGGUUCGAACCCCAGGGUACACCCCUGCCCUGGGGGACCCUCUGCCCCUUCCCCCCCUGCCCAGUGAGAAACGAGGUCCCUAUGAUCCAAUAAUGGGUCCUCCAGUCAACAAUCCCAUUUACACGUGUGCAUAUUGUGGCGCAGGACACCCAGAUCUGGAAACCUUGAAAGUCCACUAUCUGACUCAUGAUCCCCACCCUGCCUCCCAUAGCCAGGACAACUCCAUCCUGAACUCAGACACACUUAGCUCUGGAUCUCAGGGCUCUGUUAACUCACCCUCAGGAGGCCGUGUGCCCCAGGCCAAUUCUCCAGAUGAUGGAGAGCGGCGCUUUAAAUGUGGAGAAUGUGGCAAAAGCUACCGGCAUGCAGGGAGUCUGGUAAACCACAAACGCUGCCAUCAGACAGGCCACUAUCAGUGCACCAUUUGCUGUAAGCAGUACCCACAUCUAGCUGCGCUACACAGUCACCUAAGGAGCCACAAGGGACGUAGCGCCAACCAGCCUUUGGGUAAUGACAGUAAUGAUUGGCUGUCCCCAGAGCCCUUAACCCUGGACUCCCAGCAGAGCUAUGUCCAGGAAGGCAGUGGUGCUACAACUCCAAUAUCACUGCCAGGAAAUCUUGGUGAUGCUGCCCACUUCGUACCAGAUGCUGGACACAGCAGUGGGCUGGACUCCCUUGACUUCCACGAUCGCUUUGAUGGCAGCUCGCUCUCCCAGAGCAACUCCUCUCACCGUCAGGCAGACAGACAUGUAUGUGCAGACUGUGGUGAGAUGUAUGGAGAUGUAUCUGGUAUCAAGUCACACAUGUGUCCCCGCCGUGGCCAACAGCAGCCCCAACAGCAGCCGGGCAACAUGUCAAACGGUUUCAUGGGCAACAUGAAUUACCACGGCUCAAGUGGAACUUCCCUGCCUGCCGGUAGCUCCAGCAACCUGAAAGAAGGGAGCAGCCAACGACAAUACACACAGAGUGGAGGCAAGAGAAUGGGGAGCAAUGACAAAGAUGAUGAUGAUGGAGAAGUGUAUCAGUGCUCUGUGUGUGGAAACCACUAUGCUAGUCUCAGAGCCCUCAGGAGCCACUUGCGUAGCCAUGCCAAUAACCCAACAGCGCCAGGACCUUCCAACAUAGAGCAGGAAUGGAGGAUGAUCUGCUCCACCUGUGGUCAGAGCUUCUCUAGAAAGCAGGACCUCUUAAAUCACCAGUUAAUCCAUGGCCCUCAAAGGCAAGACGGACAGCAAGGGGGAAUUGGAAGCAGUACAAGUAAUGGCAACAACAAAAUGGAUGGACGCAAUCACAUUUGUGUUGACUGUGGAAUGUUCUUUGCUGACCGCCACCACUUGAUCACCCAUUUGUGCCCUGGUAAGAAUCGGGGCAGCUCAAUGAGUAAGCAGGGCCAUAAUGGAGCAAAAGGGAUGUCUGGAGGAGAUGGUGUUGGUGGUGGGGUUGCUGGAGGAAGUCGUGAUGUUGGUGGGGAUGGACGCAGGCCUCUGGUUGACCAAAGUGACAAGCCACACAAAUGUGACCAAUGUGGACGAGGAUACAGACACCCCUGCUCACUCCUUAACCACAAGAAGUCUCACAAGACAGGUGUCUUCCGAUGCUUGGUGUGCCAGAAACGCUACUACAACCUUCUGGCUCUCAAAAAUCACCAAAGGACCCACUUUGACUUAAAAAGGCACAAGUGUGAAGAAUGUGGCAAGGCAUUCAAGAUUCAAAAGCAGCUGAUCAACCACUUACGUCUCCAUGAGGAGCACCGGGCCAAAGGUCUUGUUCGGUCUGGCCCGAAUGGAUCCCGCUUCCAGCAGGCUGGCCCAUCACAGUUACAGACUAUGGGAGGAGAGACAUCAAAGGGCCACGGGAUGGGUGUGAAGUACAGCCACCAAGGGUUCAAAAAGCCUUACUCCUCAGCUGGAACUUCCAGGCCCCAGAAGUUUGAUCCAUCUGAAACUGGACGGCGGCCUUUCUCCUGUGAAGAAUGUGGAAAAACAUAUCGCCAUGCAGGCAGCUUGGCUAAUCACAAGAACCUUCACAAAAUUGGGGAGUAUCAUUGCAAUGUUUGCAACUCAACAUACCCCAACAGGCUGGCAAUGAAAAACCACCUACGUCUCCACUUUGCCCAGAAGAAGCACAACUGCCAAGAGUGUGGCAAAGGCUUCCGUACACAGAGACAGCUAGCUACUCACACUACAGCGGGCCUUUGCAAGGGUCCACAAGGUCCCGGGGCUCAGAUGGACUUUGAGUGCGAUGGCUGCUGUGAAGGCUUUUCCACAGCUGAUGAACUUGCAGCCCAUGACUGCCCAGCCCAGCACCUGCCUUCAUCCUCCUCAACCAACAGCUCUACCAACAUCAGCAUGGAGAGAAGCUCUGUGGACCUGGACUCUGAUGAGAGACCCUACGCCUGUGACCUGUGCAGUUGUGCCUACAAACAUGCAAGCUCCUUGCUAAACCACAAGCACACCCACAAGACAGGCAACUUCCGGUGCAACUUUUGUGACAAGCCCUACACCAACUACAUGGCCCUACGCAACCACAUGCGUAUCCACACGCAGAGGAAGAAGCACAUCUGCCACACAUGUGGGAAAGCUUUCCGUCUGGCCAGGUUCCUCCGUAACCAUCAGAAGGUCCAUGAGGAAGGUGCCACCCCCUUUGGCUGCCCCACCUGUGGCAAGAGUUUCCAGGGGAGAUCCGGUCUGGCCAGGCACCGCUGCGGGGACAACCAGGUAGGCAUGGAAGUCAGGAGGAAGGCCACUGCACCCCCAGGAGAGGGAGAAGAGUGUCGGUACACAUGUGAUCAAUGCGGCCGCUCUUACCGCCAUGCCAGCUCCCUCCUUAACCACAAGAACACCCACACUGUCGGCAUCUACCACUGCGCUGUGUGCCUCAAGACUUACUCCAACCUGCUUGCCCUGAAGAACCACCGCCGUAUCCACUCUGAGACACGGCGCCACCGAUGCCAUGACUGCGGCAAGGCUUUCCGUGUUUCCUCCCAGCUCUACAACCACCGCCGCGUCCACCAGAAGCAGCGGGAGCUGACCUGCCGGUCCUGCCAGCGAGCCUUUCCUACACAUGCCAGCUUCAGACUCCACAUGGAGAUCACCCAUGGACAGGCUCCGCAGCCCCGCCAGCCCAGAACCCAGCAGCCCCGACCAGGGGGUUCCCAGGAGCUGGGCUGGGGGUCUGGCCUGGACCUCACCUUAAUGCAAGAGCAAGGACUCAACCCGAGUAGCAUGACCAAAGCCCGCAGUCGUGGGGUUAACGCUGAGGUCAUCAAGCCCCAUGUUUGCGACCAGUGUGGGCGUUCGUACCGCCACGCCAGCUCCCUGCUUAACCACAAGAACAGCCACAAGACCGGGACCUACUUCUGCAACUCCUGCCAGAAAGAGUUCCCCAACCUAAUGUCCCUAAAGAACCAUAGACGGAUCCACACCGAGCCCAAACGCUACCAGUGCCCUGACUGUGGCAAAUCGUUCCGGGUGUCCACCCAACUCAUCUGCCAUCGACGAAUCCACACCAAGGAGAAGCCGUUCUCCUGCCAGCAGUGCGACAAACGCUUCUCCUCCAAGUCCAAUCUGAGGCACCACAUGAAGGUGCACUGGAGCUCCACGGCGCCCCCUCCCAUGGCUAUGGGUCCGGCCAACUUCCUGGAUCUGAGUCCGGUGGGUUCCACCGACGGCACCCGGAGCUUCCCCUGCACUCAGUGUGGGCGUUCGUACCGCCACGCCAGCUCUCUGCUCAACCACAAGAACAGCCACAAGACCGGGACCUACUUCUGCAACUCCUGCCAGAAAGAGUUCCCCAACCUGAUGUCCCUGAAGAACCACCGACGGAUCCACACCGAGCCCAAACGCUACCAGUGCCCCGACUGUGGUAAAUCAUUCCGGGUGUCCACGGCGCUCAUCUGCCAUCGCCGCAUCCACACCAAGGAGAAGCCGUUCUCCUGCCAGCAGUGUGACAAACACUUCUCGUCCCGGUCCAACCUGAGGCACCACAUGAAGGUGCACUGGAGGGGUCCAGCUCUGUCGAGAGGGAGAUUAUCUGCCUUCCUCACCGUCCCCUCAAGACCUUUCAUGUAGACGUCCCAUCCAGCUCUUCUUUCAACCGUUCUUCUACGUCUAGCUUCAGGAUGCAUCUUCUUUGGAGGCACACUGUGUGGAGGGUUUGAUCUGGAGAAGGGUUUGAAUCUUGUAAGCAACUGAGGGUCUGACAAACCGGAACAUUUCACACUGAAUUCAAAUUCCAGCAAAUUUGCAUCUUGCAAAUACUGAAUCAGUAAACCAUCACUCUGAA